AUGUCCAUGGACUCUGUUCGAACCGCCAGCAUCAAAGCUUAUGUUGAUAGCUCCUUCUUGAAUCCAGGGAUCACAGCAGACGAGCUGAAGUUCGAGAAACAGCAGCUUACAGAUGCCCGCAGGAAGCGUUGCACGAUGAGCUUCACCGACCGGAUGGAGGCAGACGCUGAGUGCAAGCAAGCCUACCAGCAGGUCAUGGACAUGCGAAAGAACGAGCUGCAGCGAAAGGCCUUGGAUCAGAUGGUGGCUGGGAUGCGACCGGCACCCGAGUACACCGCGCCCAAAGUGGUUUGCCAUGGCGCACGAGGGACCAAGAAGCAGACCUUCUCGCCUCUGUCCUGCUGCUAG